AGUAGGUCUACCUAAAAGUUGGUAGAUACGACAACGCUGGAAGUUGACGAGUAGACGCUAGACGUUCGAUCUGACGUGUAAAUUAAAAUAAAAAGCGAGGUUAAUGAUACAUUUUCAUUGACACAUCAAAAAGAAUUUUCCAAAAUCUAAAGUCUGCAUUGAAAUGGGUGAGCCUGAAACCUUGGAACCGUCUCUUAAAAAUGUUAUAGACCAAACAACGUUAAAAUGGAUAUUUGUAGGUGGCAAAGGUGGCGUAGGAAAAACUACAUGCAGUUGUAGCUUGGCAGUACAACUAUCGAAAGUUAGAGAGAGUGUCCUGAUCAUAUCCACUGACCCUGCCCACAAUAUAUCUGAUGCAUUUGAUCAAAAGUUUACCAAAGUUCCUACACUGGUCAAAGGGUUUACAAAUUUAUAUGCUAUGGAAAUUGACCCAAACAUAGGUUUCAAUGAGCUACCAGAUGAAUAUUUUGAUGGAGAACCAGAUGCCAUGAAAAUGAGUAAAGGUAUAGCAUGUAUUAUCCAAGAAAUAAUAGGAGCUUUCCCAGGUAUAGAUGAAGCUAUGAGUUAUGGUGAAGUAAUGAAACUCAUAAAAAGUAUGAACUUUUCAACAGUUGUAUUUGAUACAGCUCCUACAGGCCAUACUUUGAGGUUACUCUCAUUUCCUCAAGUAGUAGAAAAAGGUCUAGGGAAACUAUUGAGGUUGAAACUAAAAGUUGCACCACUCAUAUCCCAGCUAAGUGGCCUAUUAGGGAUUCCUGAUUUCACAGCUGACAGUUUUUCAACGAAAAUGGAAGAGAUGCUUUCUGUAAUCAAGCAGGUAAAUGAACAAUUCAAAAACCCUGAUCAGACAACAUUUGUAUGUGUUUGUAUAGCAGAAUUUCUUUCACUUUAUGAAACAGAGAGAUUGGUACAAGAGCUAACUAAAUGUAAAAUUGACACACAUAAUAUCAUUGUCAAUCAGUUGCUAUUCAAAAAAGGUGAUGAAGACACUUGUAACAUGUGUGCUGCUCGGUAUAAAAUACAGGAAAAAUAUCUUGAUCAAAUCAAUGAUCUGUACGAGGAUUUUCAUGUAACGAAGUUACCUUUGUUAGAAAAAGAAGUAAGAGGUAUAGAACAUGUAAAGAAAUUUUCUGAGUAUUUGAUUAAACCAUACGCAAUCUAGUAUUGUUUUGUUAAUUUUGUUGUAACUAGGUUAAUGUUAUUUGUUAUAAUGUAAUAGAAUGAUUGCAGGAUGUAAUUUUAUGUUUCUAUAUUUUGUUGUUCAUUUGGUAUGAGAUGUACUUAUUUUAUUUUCUUUACUAAUGUGUAUAUUUCAGAGGUGAUUGAGAAAUUUAUGAAUUAUAUAAAUACCCUUUAUCAUAUAUUCUUAUUACUAAAUCUUGUGAUUAGUAGAGGGAUUAUUAAAAAUAUCCAUUUCUGCAAUGUGUGUGAUCACCAUAUAGACACAGAUGGAAAAAAUGAUGAAGAUCUGGUGUAUAAAUCUAUAUUUUAGAAAUAUUUUUCUUUAAAUAUGAUGUAAAUUAUUAAAUAUAAAAAUGCCAAUACUUGUAUCUUAUAGUGCAUGAAAUAUAAUAAAAUUAUUUAAGCACAGUGAACAUUCUCUUUAAAAUUAAUCCAAUCUGGCAAACGAUUUUCUUUGAAAUAAGUCUCUCUCGUUAAAGACUUCAUGUUGAGUAGUUCUGUUGCUCCAUAUAAAGCUCCUAAAACAACAUAUUCUGUAGGACUACUAUAAGCAAAAAUCGAUUUUUGGGAAGACAUUUCGUCUUCCAGUUAUUCAUUUUUACCAGUAACAUUUUAAAAAACCCUUCACCAAUCGAUGCAAAUUGCAUGCUUUCUCCUACAUUUUCCU